ACCCGUGGUUGGCCCGUGGCACCCUAUGAGGACGUCAAGUUCAUAAAAAAUAAACCCUGCGACCUAGUACAGCGAGAUUUCUUGAAAAUUGGUGACUUGUAGUCGUUAUAUACUCGGUGAGAGAUUUUCUGUUAAAUCUUGAUUGUUAGAUUCGUGAUUAAUCUCCUCUCUUCAUAUUAUAGGUUGGCGGGAGGAGCGAGGGAUUUUAUCUUUUUUGAGUUUAUAAAAAAUAAGUUUAAAUUAAAUUUUAUUUAAAUAGUAAAAAAACUAAUUGUUAUUCUUUUAAAAUUAAUAUUAACAAGAAAAAUAAAUAAAUAUUCAGUCCAUUUUUGCUGAGAUUUACAGUUUGUCAAAUAGGCGUGACAAAAAAUAAGAAUUUAAAGAAUUAUAACGUAAAAAGUAACUUGACUAAUUUCAGUCAUUUUCAUUAACUGCUCAUUCUUCCAUCCAUUUCCGUUCGACUCGCCCCUUCCGGCCAAUUCCUUUUCAUCCCAUCUCCCGAACACACUGUCUACCAAAUACUCUUCUCUCUCUCUCUGACCGCGCAAGAACAGAAGAGAAGCAUGAUAAGGGCGGUGAUGGUGAUGAACACCCUUGGCAAACUUCGCCUUGCCAGAUUUUAUGAUUUUCAGCCUGCUCAGAACCAGCAACAGAUUGUUCGAAGCGUAUACUCAGUUUUAUGUCGUAGACCUGAGAACGUUAGCAGUUUCAUACAAGUGGAGUCGAUCUUCGGGCCAGAUACUCGUCUUGUAUACAAGCACUAUGCAACUUUAUAUGUUGUCUUUGUGUUUGAUAGUUCUGAGAAUGAGCUGGCCAUGCUUGACUUAAUACAAGUUUUUGUGGAAACGCUGGACAAAAGCUUCAAAAAUGUCUGCGAGCUUGACAUAGUCUUCAGUUAUAACAAGGCGCAUGCUAUUCUAGAUGAGAUCGUUUUUGGCGGUCAAGUACUGGAAACUAAUUCAACCGAAGUUCUGAAUGCUGUUGGAGAAAUUUCGAAGUACUCUCUCUCAUCGCACACCCUCUCUCAUCGCACACCCUUAUUUGGGUGGGAUGCCAGUAUUCGCAUUAGAUUUUGACUCUCCAUUUUUUCACGUGGAGCUGCCAACUGGUGAAUGCAGGUUAGAAACAGCCUCAAAAGGCAUCACACUUUUCCCUAAAUCCGUAUCAUGGCUAGGUGGGUGAUCUUCCUCUAGUUAAUUGAUUUGACAACCAGGAUGUCUGAAAUGGGACGAAGUUUGCUGCAUGCUUGCCCAGGUGAUCUGAUACUGCUUUAAGAAGUCGUAGGCAGUUACACGACACUACAUCGGAUUCAUUAUUGGAGAAACUUGAGGUUGUGCAAGUCAAGUGAAGGUUUACUGACAUUUUUUCGUACAAAAAUUGUUCGUAUUACACUUUUAAUUAGUGGGUGCUCCAACAAGCAAUCUCUGUUUUAUGCAUAGUUCAAUUGAAUUUGAAGUUCGAGCUUGGUACUUCUAUGUUGAAACAUGUAUUACGUUUUUUUUCUUCUGGUAACUAUUGAGUGGAAUGAAAAUUAUUUAGUUUAUUA